GGUACUACCAGGGACGUGGUGGGGAUCGAACUCGGAACCACUCGUUUAUGAAGCGAGCGCUCUACCACUACACCACUACCGCAUAAAGCUUUUCCAGCUGUGAUGAAAAAAUUUAUUUGAGGGCUUCAAUGAACAGUAACCCUUUUCCAAUGGUCAUAAGUUUAAAUCUGAGCUGGUUUAAUUGAAAAGAAUUUACUUUUAAUAUUUUAAAAAAGAAACUAAUAAUUUUUCAUUUUGUCUUUAUUUUAAAAAUUUUUCGAGUCAGAGUUGUUGUACGCAAGGCAAUUUUGAUAUAAUGAACAAAGAAAAAGGGAAAAAAUCUGGAUCAGAAGGUUGGGAACAUGAAGAACUUGCUAAAGUUAAAAUGAAAAGCCUGCGAGGACACAAGAGUGGUGUAAAUACGUGUCGAUUUUUAAAUGGAACUAAUUUAAUAGUUUCAGGGGGUGAUGACUUUACAGUUAGGAUCUGGGAUAUUGAACUAGGUUUAGAAAAACUAAUGCUUACUGGUCAUAAAGAUGAAGUGACAUGUUGUCGGGUUUCUCCUGAUAGGCAAAGGAUUGUUUCUACAGGUUUAGAUAAGUAUUUGAUUUUAUGGGAUACAACUACUGGUCAGGCUACACUUGGAUUUCUUCAUGAAGGUAUGGCUAUGUCCUGUGACAUAUCGUUUGAUGGUAAGUAUAUGAUUUCUACCACUGAUCUUGAUAAUGUUGUUGUUGUGUGGGAUCUGCGUCAAAAGAAAAGUAUUGCAACAUUGAACUAUCAUGCAAAUACUGUACUAAGUUGCUGUUUUUCUCAUUCUUCUUACCGUUUUUGCACUACAUCAAUGGACCAAACUGCUUUUGUUGUUGACAUGUUGGAUUAUAGAAAUAAUAUUGACCCUCACCCGGUGUUAAAAUUAAAAGGUCAUUUAAAUAUGGUUUCUUCCUGUGAUAUUUCUGCAGAUGAACGAAGAGUUUGUACGUCAUCUUGGGAUAAAACAAUUUGCUUAUGGGAUGUGAAUGCUGGAACUUACAGAAAACAUGGUCCAACAUAUCUUUCUAAUGGCCAUGAAGGUUCAGUGAGUGCAUGCAGAAUUUCAAGAGAUGGGUCAACAGUUGUUAGCGCAUCAUAUGAUGAAUCACUCAUUGUUUGGGAUGUCAACAAUGCUUGCAAAAAAUUUUCUUUAGGGGGUCACACAGGAUGGGUAACAGAUUGUGAUUUUUCAGAAAAUGAGCAAUGCGUUAUAUCUUCAUCAAAGGAUGGUUCAAUACGUUAUUGGAACCUUGAAAAUAGUGAUGAAAUACCUGUCAUCAUACAAAAUAAGAAAAAUAUUGGAUUGUUAUCAUUACAAUGUCAUAAAUGUGGAAAACAGUUCUCAAUUUCACAAGCUCAGGACCAGGAUUCUAUAAAGCACUGUGUAUUUUGUAGAUUGGAAGCCAAAUUGAAAAUGUAUUAUGAUAAUUAGGUACUAUCUGUAUCAUGUGUAUAUAUAUAUAUAUAUAUAUA